AUGGAUACAAUUAUUUGUGCUUCAUUUUCUAGUUGUUUUUUAUCUUUACUGCUGGUGGCUGCCGUGGUCUGGAAGAUCAAACAAACUUGCUGGGCUUCUCGUCGGAGAGAGCAACUGCUUCGAGAACGACAGCAGAUGGCCAGCCGUCCCUUUGCUUCUGUUGAUGUAGCCCUGGAAGUAGGAGCUGAACAGACAGACUUUCUGCGAGGGCCAUUAGAGGGUGCCCCUAAGCCAAUAGCCAUCGAACCCUGUGCUGGGAACAGAGCUGCUGUCCUGACUGUGUUUCUCUGUCUACCUAGAGGAUCAUCAGGUGCCCCACCCCCUGGGCAGUCAGGCCUUGCUAUUGCCAGUGCCCUGAUAGACAUCUCACAGCAGAAGCCUUCUGAUAAUAAAGACAAGACUUCUGGAGUCCGCAAUCGGAAGCACCUCUCCACACGUCAAGGAACUUGUGUCUGAGAAUGGGAACUAGCUCUGUACUGUGUGUCAGUUUACUUCACAAAUGGCUUCCGUUAAAGCUGCUCUGUGGCCUUGGGUCUCACAGAGGAUAAUAUCCUAUGAUCCAGAGUCAGGUACAGUUCUCUCUAAGUGAGCAAUGUCCCAAGCCCAAGAGGCCAGAGACUGCCAGUGAGGUUUUUUUUUUUUUUUAAAGUAACAGUAUUGAGGGUCACAAGUGAUAAAGUCAGUUUUUAUGGCUCUCUUAGGCUGAGAGCUAACAUAACUUAGUAUGGAAAAAGAUGUAUAUUGUUUCUUAAUGCAGAUGGAGAUAUGUAAUUCAUAUAAAUCAACUGUUUAUAUCCCAAGACUUUAAAGAAAGACAUUUUAUAAUGCUUGAAUGAUGAGAAAUGUACAGUUUUCUGCCUCUUAAGCAAACUUAGGUCAUUGGCAUCAGAAUAGGAAAAGAACAAGCCCUGGCAGCUGUGAUUGCCGUUUCGUCUCCUUAUAAACAUGAAAGCAAGGCUGUCGGUCACGUGUUUAAAUUCUCCACAAGACCACAGGGUCUCCAGAGUCAAUUUAAGAAUGUAACAGUUCUAAACUAAUGGGAAUGAAGCAUAGAGAGUGUUGAGGUUUGUCAGAAUUCUGAGCAUGGGAGACACUCCCAAAGCGACAGGCAUGGAAGAGGCUGCCUGGCAAUCAGUGUCCCCUUUUCACAGAAGCAGCCUCCAGUUCGAAAAACUGAAGAUCCAAACCUGCCAUUCAGUAGCAGAGCUUUUGGUCCACGCCAUGAUGCUUUGGUGCCCUGGGUCACUGUGCCAGGCCAGAGUUGUUCCUAGAGUCUUCACAAGAAUGUGUCAUUUUCUCCCAGCUUUCAUCUGUUUGCCACUUCUUAUUUACAAGUGUUACAAAAUGUAUUUUAAAAGUUAACACUUUCCAAGUUCCCUGCUCCCAACUCCUUCCUGCAGAAUGCAAGCAGACAAGAGCUGGGUCCAGCAAGCCUGGGCAAGAUCCCCAUCUCCAGCACGGUCACACGGUGCUGAGCAGCCUACAUUCUAAAGACAAAUUCAUUGCUGGCCACAUCCAAACCAUCCCUAAUGACACAAAGUCCUGGAUAAGAGCAGAGUGGAAAAACAAAAGUGGUAGUUCUCGAAUGCCACAGUGAGAGCUGACUUCAACAGCAGCUCACUGAUGUUCACGGAGACUGGAGUGGCCCUGGCUGACUUCAAGGUGACUUCUGGAGGUACAAGAACAAUGAACAAGAGUCCCGAAACUGCUGCAUUCUCUGUAGUUUUGUUUAACAUGAAAGUCAUUCCACCUAAUCAGUGUUAAGUACAGUAUACAUACUUCUCAUGUUCUUUGGAAUUCAGAAAGGUAACGACACUUUACAGUUGUGCCUGGUUACUGCAUGCCAUGGUUGUACAGUCACAGAAUAUGACCCUAUUGCAAUAUUGAAUAUUUAUUUCAAAUGCCAUGUAUACAUAGCUUAAUUUGAUGAGGAUAGAGUGUAAUAUGUAAGAGAAAUGACCACAGACUAUGUUGUUGCACCUUUAAAGCGUAGUUAGGUUGCAUCUAACCAUGACUGUCUUAUUUUGAUAACUAGCCUUUUGAUAUAGCUUAUAUUCCUUAUGUUGGCAUGAUAUGUCUACUCUAUUUUCCAUGCACUCAAAACCAGACGAAUUUGUAGAACAGUUUUAGUGAUUUCCUCUGCAGCCCGUGGGGUUGGGAUUGGGGAGGGGGCGGUUAUUGGUGCACCUCAGGACAUUUUCUCUCAGAAAACUAAUUGAGCUGAAUUUGUGAAUGUCUCCUAGAAACAAUCAAGUAAUUUGAUCAGCUUCUUUUGGACAUUUUACAUGUUGAUUUUCCCCAUGAAAUUGGCAGCAUUGGUCCCUGUAAAGAAAUAGUUACUUGAAAAUGAAGUAGUUACACAGUUUGUUUAAUUGCCAACAACCAGACCUGUGGAGUGGCUGUCCAGUCUCAUCCACUGUGAAUCCCCCAGGCUCUUAAAACUUUAAAAAUUUGAAUUUUAGAUAAUUAUGGAAUUAAUGCAAUGUCAUACACUACCAUUAACUCUGUGGCCAAUUACGCAAUAUAUUCUCAGCUUAUAAAGCUUUUUACUGGAAAUAAAAUUCUUCACCCCCGGGUGAAGUGAACCAAAAA